UAAAUAGUGCAUAGGGAAGGUGCAUAGGCUGCGUUUGUAACUCUACACCUACGUUGAUUUUUGAAACAGAAGCUAGCUUGGCUUGUCGAUGAUUUUUACAUUGGUGUAUUGGAAACUUUGGCCGUCUUUGAUAGCGUCAAUGAACAUUCAUUUCCCCUCAACGUGCUAAGACCUUCUUGUCAAAUCAAUAAUGAGCAGCGCGACUCAGAGGAAAAGACGGACGACUUCCACUUCGUGUUCACGACGCAACAGCAAAAGAAGCAGGACACAAAUGUCUCAGGCCUCGAUGGAGACCAUCGAUGUUCUAGAAAGCGACAGGUUAAGCAGUGAGUUUACAGAAGUUUCUACAGGUGAAGAGGUAGUAGACUUAACCUGUGAAGGGUCCGAGCCGGCUGUGGUUGAUCUCACGAAUAAUGACUCGGUUGUGCUUGUGGAUGAUGGUGCGCAGAGCAGACGUACGCAGGGCCCGGAGAGUUACGUGCUGAGCAGCGAUGACGAGGAAGAGCCGAGUCAAAGUCUCAGUCCGGCUCUCCUGUCGUCGCUACACGCGAGCGCAAGAGCCAGGUCUACACCUGGAGCGGUUAGCUGCCCUGUGUGCAUGGAUGCUUAUGCAGAGAUCAUUGAGAGCGGACGGCUCAUGGUCUCCACCAAGUGUGGCCACCUGUUCUGCAGCCAGUGCAUCCGCGACUCCCUCGCCCGGGCUCACAACUGCCCCACGUGCAGGAAGAAACUCACUUAUAAGCAGUAUCACCCCAUCUAUAUCUGAGACGGAAGGGGACAUUGAGGUUUCACUGUCCUGUGUAACCAGACCUGCACUCGUACAGUUUAUCUGUCUCUGCCAAACUCCUUCCUAAAAGCUGGCACUGUACUGUACAUCACCUGAGCUUUUUAGUAUCAUGCAUUAGUGGGUUAAUAUCCACAAAGGUAAAAUCUGAUCAAGGACUCGGAACGAGAAAGCAGUUAAAUUCUUUGUAAAGUGUUGCUCUUAAUGUUACGUUCAUGCACUAAAAUAUUGGUUCCUAGUGUGACAUGUGAUGUCCUUUACUGUAUUUCACAGGAAUCUGUAGCCAGAGCACAUCUUUGUGUGUGUGUGUGUAUAUAUAUUCUUAGGAUGAAGCAAAAAAUAAAUGCUUAAAAAUGAUGCACUCGGCUGCUUACUACCCAGCUCGCUGUCAUUAUGCCAUGUAGGACACACCAUGCCUGUGUUUCACCGUCAGACGGACCGAAUCUACCAUCUGCUUUUAGCUAAUCAUUGCAGUCUGUUGAAAGAAUUGUGCAGUUGGUCUGUUCUUCCAUGAAUACAUUCACUGUAAAUAUUUGUAUGUAUGACAUGUACAAAGAUCUAGUAAGUUAAAAGUAAGGAAUGUGUAAGCUUCUUCUAAUAAAAGAUUACCUUGAAUGCUU